CGAUCCCUCACAGUUCUAUUGGACUCUCCAGCUGCACUUGUUACAGCUCCUCCCAUCACCUUCAUCACGGCACCAGCGUCUUCUUCACUGAACCGAAAACCGACGAUGUCCGGCAUCAUGAAAGUCUUUCUGCUCCUGGCUGUCAUGUUCUGCAUCUCUGAAGCCCAGCUUGAUCACACAUCUGGGAAUCAGUGUCUGUGUACAAAUGUCCGAAGGGGAAUUCAAAGUGGGACAAACAUGAAGGACAUCCAGAUCCAGAUCUACCCAAAAACCAUCUUCUGUGACAAAGUGGAGAUUGUGGUCACCAACAACAACGGCCAUCGCUACUGCCUGAACCCCGAGGUGAAGGCGGUGCAAAGACUCAUCGCUAGGAUGAUCAAAUCGGCAGCCUCUAAAACAACCAGACCCACCGACACCACCUCCAGCAGCAGCACAGCUCACAUCUGAGUCUUUAUGUCCUCUGAUCAUUAUGAGCACCAGAUGACCUCUGACCCCCACCAAACAAAGGCACCUCAAAUUCUCUUUAUUUCCUAUUCAUUCUGAUGCGCACUGAUAUCAGUUCUAUGUGUUGUUGUUUUUAAUAGAAGAAUGUGACGUGAACCAAGUUGUAUGCAUUUUGUAAUUGUCAGUGUUUUUGCAACAAUAAUAAAAUCCCAAGGG